AUGUGUUCAAGACUUGACCCGGAAAUUGAGAGAUACUGUCACGAAACAUCAUCCAGCUGCAGGAAUGGAAACGCGGUCGUUCACUUUUGGGAAUUUCGAAGUGUAAAGGAAGUUGGCCAUGUUUCAUUGACACUCCCAAAUCAAAUUCAUAUCAGCUUUUGGCCAUUAAGCAGAACUAAACAAUGCAUCAAAGAUCAAGCAGAUCCAAUCAAAGAUCAAACGCUCUUAAAGGAUAUUGAAUUUGAAAAUCGACUGCCUAAAAAAAAGGUUCUAAUUCCAUCUUCAAGGCUCGAUGAAACUAGAGUUGUGCCAUGGUGGGAAAACUAUUUGAAGGAAAAGAAGUAUGAUCUAUUUGAUAACAAUUGUGCGAUGGUUGUACUAAAAGCCCUAAAUGCCGGAGGCUUCACGUGGGAGUAUAAAACGAAAAGUCUUCCAUAUUGGGGUUUAUGGUCCAUGUCUCAAGCAAGAGCACUUGCUAUCAGAGACUUUUUGAACGGAAAACUCAAGGAAGCGGAGGUACUGCUAAAGCCUUGUGAUGCUUAUUAUUGGAUUGUUGAUGGUCUUACAGAAUGGCCUGAUGUAACAUUGGGUAAAAAAAUUAUGUACAACAUAACUGACCCCAAAUGUAUUAUUUCAUAA